GAGGACGGCGGGCGCUCCCUGCGCUCGGGGAGGGGAGGCUCGUCCCUGCCGCCUCGCUGGACCUUCCUGCCAGCGCCGAGAGCGGGCUCGGCAGUGUGAUGGGGCUCGGAGGGGAGCCCGGCGUCGGGUCCUCGCUCGCGGACCGCAGGAGCCCCCACGCAGCGCAGGGCAGCCGACCCGGCCCCGCCGUCUGCGAUGGAUUGAGGCGUGCCCGGCUGCGCCCCGCCCGGCCCCCGCCCGCUGCCCACAUAGAUGCGAUGGGAAAUCGGGGGCUCUUCUGCACCCUCUGUUACCUGAUGUUCAACGCGCCUCUGCUGUUCCUGGUCACCGCUACCUUUACUGAAGUUCCCAAAGAUGUGACUGUUAGGGAGGGAGAUGAUAUUGAGAUGCCUUGUGCUUUCCGAGCCAGCGGAUCCACCUCUUACUCCUUGGAAAUCCAGUGGUGGUACCUUAAAGAACCAGCCAGAGAACUUGCACACGAAUUAGCCAUCAGUGUCCCCGGCAGCAGGAGCAAGGUAACAAGUAAAGAUGCAACCAAAAUCAGUACGGUCCGCGUCCAGGGCAACGACAUCUCGCACCGGCUGCGGCUCUCGGGCGUGCGGCGGCAGGACGAGGGCGUCUACCAGUGCCGCGUGGCGGACUACAGCGACGACGAGACGCAGGAGCACAAGGCCCAGGCGCUGCUGCGUGUCCUGUCCCGCUUCGCGCCGCCCGACGUGCAAGCGGCCGAAGCGGUCUCGCACAUCCAGAGCGGCGCGGCCCCGCGCCGCCACGGUGCCGCCGCCCGCCCCACGCCGCCGCCCGGCCCCGCCAAGCGCCCGCCGCCGCCGCCGCCUCCGGCCCAGGGCGCUGCCACCGCCGCCACCGCCUCGGCGGCCGCCGCCUCGUCGGCCUCGCCGCCGCCCGGACAGGCCGCCAUCCUCCGCCAGCAGCACGGGUCAGGUACAGAACCUAUUUAUGCUACAGACCCACUCCUAUACAUGUCCCUGUUAAUACUGCAUAAGCUUGUACAUUUAUUAGUAAACCACUGACGGACUACUUCCUCCACUCCUCCUCAGCCAAACAAAAAGGAACCUAUUUAAAACCAGAACAAACCCCUGUCAAAAAACAAUCAAACCUAAAGUUUUAAAGAUGGACAGAAAGAGACUGAAAGCAGCAUGAUAAAUUCUACAUGGGGGGAAAAACAUAUUUUUGGGGAUGCCACAGAAAGUAAACCACAUAGAAUAAUGCAUCUAGUUUCCAGCCUCUAUGGUGUAAAGCCCUGCUCUGUGCAUGGCACUCAUGGUUUCUCUAUUUUAAUGUAAGGGUUUUUUUUUUUCUUUUCUAAACCUUUCCUCUGACUCUUCAUUUUGCACGAACUGUUGAACAGUUAUCUUUUUGACAAUAUGUAAAGAUGUUGGGUCCAAGCCCUUCCUAAGAGAGGAAAUAUUUUUAGUAGAUUAUUGUGU